GCUCUCGUCAGAUCAGCUCCUGGAGCUUCUGAAGCACGCGGAAUUCCUGGAUGUGGAGCUCGGGGAAAUGAUCUACAAAGAUGGCGACCCAAUCGGCCAUGUGUACGUGGUUGUCAAUGGCUCCGUCACCAUCGAGCGGGCAUUGGAGGGUACAGAUGGCGUCCGCGUCUUCGCCACCAGCGUCUUUGACGGUCGCGCCUUCGGCGACGGCUGGGACGGCGGCCGGAAUCGGGCCUCGAGCAACGUGCGCUGGACCACGGCCGUGGCACAGGAGAGAUCCCUCCUGCUGCGCUUCAGCACACCAGUCUACAUGGAAGUCCUUCAGAAGGACGACGUGUGCUCCGAGAACGCAUCGCGACUGAAAUCCUUGCCCUUUCUCUCCGAAUGCAGCGCCGGCGAGUUGGAGAUGUUGCUCAUGACCCUGGAGACCGGCUUCGCGGGCUAUGCCUUCACAGUGCUCCGGCCUGGAGAGCGGCCCAACCGCUGCCGCAUCCUCGCAGAAGGACGGCUUAGCCUCCUUACGGAUGCCAAGCUGGAGGUGAAGGAGCUGGUCCCAGGUUCCUUCUUCGGUGUCGGGGCAAUCCUGUCUGGGCGCGGAAGCUGCAGCUACGCCUCGGAGGUGGAAGUGACAGUGACAUCUAUGGUGGCCCACUUCUACCUGAUGUCCAGGAAGUCGCUGUCUCCGCUGCCAGACGUUGUCCAGGAAAGCAUUCUUGACAGCGUGCGCCGGAUGAUUGCCGAUUGCCAGGACCCGAUUCAGGAUGAUGGGCGCCAUGUCAUCCGCCGAGACCAAGAGUGGCGGCUUCGGAAGCAGCGGAGCCUGGCCGAGGUCAAGCGGACUUCCGAUCGAAGCGCAGCGAGCGCUGGGGAGAUGCGUCCGCGAUCAGCCGUGGCUGGAAGAUGGUGCCCAGCCGGACCCGGUAGGCCCUUUGCGGAGAGCCUCGAAAGCCCUUCUACACCCUCUGCGCCCCGGCGCCGAGGUCGCGCCGGCAGCUCCGGUCGCUCUGAGCUCCAGAGGUCUAAGUCCGGGCCAGGACGUCUCAAAUCGAGCGAACGUCUCAGCAUGACGGCUUCGGGGCCACUCACGCCGUCUUCACUGGCAAGGACUCAAACGCCGAUGAUGCGAAGCACCACUCCUUCGUCUUUCAUGCGUGCGACGACACCCUCUAUGCUGUCAAGGACGAUGUAUUCCCCCGACGGCCGUCCCCUGGCCAUCUUCUGCCGCACGCCGGAGGGCUUCGAGCUGCUCCCGAACCCUGCGCCACUGAAUUGUGUGGACCGCCGCCACCGCCCGGAUCGGGCUCCGGCGACCCCACUUGCGGCAAGAACGUCGUGA